AUGUGGGUACCAGGUCAUAGUAACAUUUGUGGAAAUGAGAUAGCAGAUGAGUUAGCUAGAGAAGGAUCUGAAAGAACAUACUCAGAGGAAGAACCGUGUUUAGGCAUUGCGUUACAAACAGCCAAGAGCGCUAUUUUCGAAUGGCUUAUAGACGAAACCACAAGAUACUGGGAAUUCGAAGAAAGAAGGUUAUCAGAACAUGUCAAUAGAUUUGUACCAUACAGAUCUUUGACAAGAACUAAAGAGUUGAUCAACAUGAAUAUUACUCAGGUUAGGGUCGUAGUUGCUUUCCUAACUGGACAUGCUAGACUGAACAAAUUAAUGAGUAGAAUGGGUUAUAGGAAUUCAUCAGAUUGUAGAAUCUGUCAUUCAGCAGAAGAAACAGCAAAGCACAUUUUAUGCGAUUGUCCUUAUUUGGAGCACAAAAGAAUGUUGCUUUUAGGAAGUACGAAUGGUAUAUUAGAGCCUGAAGAAUUUAGAGAAUUCUCUUUGAAGGAAAUCUUUUCUUUCUUGAAGAGAGUCAGCACGGUUAAAGAAGAAUAUGGUACAGGUUAG